GAUCAACCUAACCUGGCACCUCUCCUUUGUAAUGUUUGAGAGAAAAAGGGAGUGCAAACAGGGAAUAAAGGUCUAAAGGACAAUCUGAGCUUCCUUUUAGUCCAGACAGACGGAGACAGCAACACCUUCAGCUGGAAGACAGUACAAUGCGAGUAUGUACACGUCGGCGUUCACGGACAUUGCGCUUAUGGCUGUUAAUUGUCUUCCUGAGUCUGCAUUUGCUCGUGGUUUCUCUUGUCCUGUCCAUAUACCACACUUCCUGCGAGCUCCACUCAUACCCUGACAUCCAGACCUCCGUCAGCUUCUCCGUUCAAAAUACAUCUGCUUCAACAAGCACAAUGGCUGCUGCAGGAAGUGACACCCAGGAAAUGGAAAUGGAUGGCACAGCAGAUGAUCUUGCCAAACUGGAGGCUCUGUUCUCCCACCCGCUGUAUAAUUUGCCCACUCCACCUCUGCCUGAUGGUGAUUGGCUGCUGAAAGUCCGAAAGAAGAAAAAAGAGGAAGAGCGUAGCGCACAGCAGUGGCUUAGUGCUAAUGAGGACGGCUAUGAUCCUAUCCUCUGGAAUGCUAGUGCUGAGACACAUCCACCUUGGCUCCGGUUUCACCUUGGCAUAUCUCGCUGGCAGAUGUAUCAGCACAAAGACCCCAAUCUGUCAGUGCUGACUCAGCAAAUGGCAUCCCUUCGCAUCGUCAGUGCAGUGCAAAAAUCAGGUGGGACGCAGCUGAAGUUGGUGAUGUCAUUUCCUAAUUAUGGACAGGCGCUCUUCAAACCCAUGAAACAGGAACGGCAUGAGGAGACCAACGUGAAUCUGUAUUACUUUUCUGACUUUGAGAGGCACAAUGCUGAGAUCGCAGCCUUCCACCUGGACAGGAUACUGGGUUUCAGAAGGGUGCCUCCAGUGGUUGGGAGGCUUGUUAAUGUAAUAAAAGAGAUCAAAGACAUCACCACCGACCAUAAACUGGUCACAACAUUUUUCAUGUCUCCAGUGGGGAAUGCAUGUUUUUAUGGCCAGUGUUCCUAUUACUGCUCCACAGAGCAUGCUAUCUGUGGCCGUCCUCUCAAGAUAGAGGGGUCUAUGGCUGCUAUGUUGCCAGACCAGAGUUUGGCACCACGUCGCUCAUGGAGGAGUCCCUGGAGGCGGUCCUACAGCCGUAGCAAGCUGGCUCAAUGGGCGACAGACUCCAACUACUGUGACUCCAUAAAAAAGACUCCUCCCUAUGACCGAGGCACUCGAUUGGUGGAUCUGAUCGACAUGAGCAUUCUGGACUUUCUAAUGAGUAACAUGGACAGGCACCACUAUGAAACGUUUGAGAAGUUUGGCAAUGACACAUUUCUCAUACACUUGGACAAUGGAAGAGCGUUUGGACGUCAUUCUAAAGAUGAACCAUCUAUAUUGGCUCCUCUUGUGCAGUGCUGCAGGGUCCGUCGUUCCACAUUGCUUCGUUUACGCCUGCUAUCUCUCCAGUCGUAUCGGAUGAGCGAUGUCAUGCGUGCAUCUUUGUCCCAGGACCCCCUAACAGUGGUGGCCCCGCUCCUCACUGAACAACAUCUUUCCGCUUUAGAUCGUCGCCUAGAAACAGUCAUUCAAACCAUUCAGGACUGUCUACAGCAGCAUCAACAUCACAGUGAUGUCAUAUAUGACGACAUCGCCGAUUUAAGACAAAAUUUAAGUUGAAUUUUUUUAAAUAUAUAAAUUAGAUUAUAAAAGUGCUUCAAUCUCAGUUGGCAUAAAAUAUUUACAUAAAUACUAGAUACGUUAUCCAACUGUUAUUCUCAUUUAUCUUAAUUUUAAGUGUAAAGAUUUGUUAACAUCGAGAACAUUGGCAAAACUUAAAAUCACCUAAAACCUCCCUUUGAGGAUGUCCUCAUUUGUAAAACCGUGUGUUUUGCUAUUUGUGAAUAUACAGCAGGACACAAGGGAGAGGAAGUGAUCAGAGAUGUAUCAGAAGAUGGGAGACAGAUGGCAUCAAAUACAGCAUUUUUGAUUACAUUAUGCCAUGUGAUACUGUAUAUUGAAGCAUUACCAUGGUAAAGACCGCACAUUACUAUAAGUCAUCCUUCAUCUGAAAAAUUCAGGUAGAUUCAGUCACAUGGCACAGUGAGGACAUUUACUCUGUUCUAGCACAAAACUUUAUGGCCAUGUCAUACCUUCAUCCCACCUUUUGAUAACACACUGGAUAAAUACUUUUACAAACAUUACUGAUUUUAUGCGAAAUAUGCAAGUUAGGUAAUGUAAGUGUAUUUUCUAACAUGACAAUGAUUGUCUGUAUUACUGUAAUUAUUUCAGCAACAACAAACUUGAAUCUUGCAUUGUUUGCUCUUGAAUAAACUGAUUGUUAAAAGUACUGAAUUAAAAGAAGAUCAUACUGUU